ACUUUGUCCUGUGGGGGGGCAGUAAUGCUCUUAGCAUUAUCUACACCGCCGGAGUUCUACAGGAGGAGGAAGAAGAAGAAGCAGAAGAAGAUGAAGAAGAAGACCGCCACACUUGCCCGUGUUAUUGUUUACUCGGACACGUAUCAUAACGAUCACAGUUAUUCUUUACCGCCGGCUGCAGCGGAACGUGUCCCGGUAAAACGCAAACGGACCGGUUUACCGGACGACCCGCGCAGAUUUUGGGACCGGAGACGGUCCAGAACCAGAGUGGACAUCUGCGGAGCGUUUCCAAAAUGGAGAGAACUCCGAGACCAGCUGAAACUGCCCAGAGACGCAGACCUGGCGUGUUUCCUCAUCAACAGUUACAAAGAAGGACCGGCGGCCAUGUUGUCUCCUCCUGGCAGCAGACGCGCAGCACGGCGCCCUAACACUCCCCCGAGGGCCUCGCCGUCUGACCGGACGGAGUGGAAGGACGUGGAGGAGGACGCGUGGGAGACGGCGAGUGAAGACAGCUGUUCUGACGAAGGUUUCCCGUCCAUCAGCCUGAGGUUAGUCUCAGUCGGCGUGUGCGGUUUGUUAAUAACAAAAGAUAUCGCUGAGGCAAGGGGGUCACUUAGGGUUCAACAUGGGACACACACACACACACACACACACAGUCUGAUGUUCAAAGAUAUUUAA